UAAAAAGAUGAGUAAAGAUGAAGAAGAAAAAGAGAACAAGAAGGAGACUGAAGCAUAGGGUGCAAUCCCGAAACGCGGCAAACCAAAAAUUAUAGAAAACAUAGAUGUAAAUAGAGAAUGGGCUGAAAAUCGUCCUGUACUACCUAUAGGGACAAAAAUACUUUACGAGAAACAAGAAAAGAUGGUUGAGAAAAUGGAAUCGGUAAUGAAGAUGUUGGACAAGGUUAUGACCCAAGCAACCUCCAUGAUGGAAAAUAUGGUAGAAGUCGCCCGCGUAAAUUUAGAGAAAGAGAAACUAAAGAUUAGACGUUUAGAGGUAAAUAAACAGAAUACGCAAAGUAAAGUAGAAAACGGUAUACAAACGGUUAAAGAAUCAGAAGUAGAGCCUAAAAAGAAAAAGUUAGAUGAAACAGUCUGUUCAGUCGAGAAAAAUAGAAGUUUAGAGACAAUUAAGAGUGCUUUAGAAGUAGAAUUAAACAGUCAAAGGUUGCAUAUUAGAAGAGAAUAUAAGCUAACGCAAAAAUCUAACUUUGAUUUUUGGAUGGAUUAUUUAAAAUCCGAAUUAAUGAAUAACGAGUUAUUAGAUGUAAUAGAUUCAAACAUUGAUAAUCCAGAAAAUCUUUCCGAAUUAAAAGUUGCUAAGAGAAAAAGUCUAGUUAGAGAUAUAAUAAUCAAUCAUUUAGAUGAAAAUUAUCAUAAAAGGAUUUUACAUGAGAAAGAUCCAAAAAAAAUUUUGAAGAAAUUAAGAAGUUAUAAAAAGAGUGAAGUAAACGUUACUCAUACAUCGGUACGAACUAAACUCUAUCAAAUUAAAAUGAGAAAAGACGAAAAAGUAAGUGAUUUUUGCGAACGCUUUGAUUCAAUAAUUAGAGAAUAUGAAUCAUGCGAAGAUGCGGUACCUCUCACAGAACAAGAAAUGAGAUCUGCAUUGUAUCAAGCUGUGUCAAUUAAUGUGCCGGAACUGAGGAAUGUAGAUUUAAUUAGAAGACAAACUAAUCUUAAAGAAAUGAAUGUAGAUGAAAUAAAAUCUUUCAUGAUGCAGUUAGAGGCAGAGACUAAGAGUGAAGUUAGAGAGAAGCUAGAGAAACCAGAGGUUAGAGUGCAGAGGGCUACCGCAGAAGAGCACAAAGAAGUAAAGUGCUACCGAUGCAACAAAUUGGGUCACAUGGCGAAGGACUGCCCACUAGCGGGAUCAGAGGCCUGGUUCUGUUACUACUGCCAGGAGAUUAGAGGACACAAGGGUGAUAGCUGUCCUAAUGCCGGAGCCCAGACGAACAGAUUUAGAGGAAAAAGGUAUACAAAUAAAACCGUUAAUAAAAAUAUAAAGAAAAAGGGUAGAUUUGCGCAAAGAAGAACAAAAAGA